AUGAAGGAGGGAAGCGAGCUGGAAGAAAAGAGAAAAACAGAAGGACAGAAACCAACAGAAGGAUCGGCAGUCAUCCAGAUGCAAAGCGAGGCAGUUGACAAGCUUAAAGGAAUAGUCACCAGGAAGUACAAGGAAACGACUCUCCUAAUACGAACCGUAGGAGGGGCAUUUCUGGAGACAAAAGGAUGGACAACCGAAGAAAAGCCCAAAUCAAAAAAAGAGCAAGAAGAAACCGUCUACGCCUGCGAUGUCUGCAGCAGGUCCUUUGCUGACAAAAGAAGGCUGGCAAUACACAAGAAUGUGCACGCCAAGGCAGCAGAGCAAGUGCCUGCUACUGAGCAAUAA